ACCUCAGGCUCAACUUGAAAAUUUGAGAGGGUAGGUAGCUACAGCUUACCGUCCCGCGAUUCCGCGAAACCGAGGCACGCCGCACCGCUCCCAAUCGUCCCCCUUUCCCGCAGAGCAGCAAAUCACACCAACCACGCACCACGCCUUUCCCCCGAGCUCACUCUGCAUCCCGCACCUCACCCCCGCCGAGCUCCGUCUACCGGACACCCGACCUCCACACCCCUCGGCUCAAUCUCGCCGCGUCAUACGAGCUCUCCCCGUUCCAUCCAAUCCCUCCAACCACAACCCACAACCCACACCCGGACUCCCGCCCGCCUACCCGCCUUCAUCACCGACCGAACCGGCCUCGCCGAAGCAAGCCACGCCCCGGCGCCGCCGCCGCCGCCAGCUAGCCAUCAUGCCGGACAACACUCUGAGAAGCUGGUUCGCCGUCCCGGCCCCCGUCGCCGCCCUCUUCAGACGCUUCCCUCUCGCCGUCUACCCUGCCAACGACCUCCCCCACCGCAGCCCUUCCCGCGGCGAUACGCCGACACUAUACGUCUUCAUCGCGGAAGAUGAUGCCCCGAGGGGCCGACCGAGCUUCAACCCCUCGUGUCUAAAGUGGCAGACCUUUCUCAAAAUCGCCGGCGUAGACUUCCACAUCGCCCCCUCAACAAACCACGCCUCCCCCUCCGGCGCACUCCCCUACCUCCUCCCGCCCUCCCCGCUCCGCCCCAUUGCCGGCGCCUCGAAACUCGAAUCCUACGCCCUAGAAAACACGACCCUCAAAAGGCUACCCGUGCUAUCCUCCUCCUUCUCAUCCUCGUCCUCCCCCGAGGCAGAGCUCCAGGCCCGCCAGCAAGCCUACCAGUCCCUCCUCGACCACCGCCUCCGCGCAGCCUGGCUCCACGCCCUCUACCUCGCCCCCGCGAACGCAGACCUUCUAUCGAGGCUCUACAUCGAACCGGCGUCCAAUAACCCCGUCGUCAGGCUGACGCUCGCGCACCAAGUCCGCGCGGCCGCCGAGGCUGAGGUGCUAAAGGUGACGAGGAGCGCUGUGGUUGAUGUGAAGAGGGUACACGCCGACGCGCGCGCCGCGUUCGAGGCCCUUGCCGCGUUGCUGGAGGAGAGUAGGAGUGGCGGAGAGGGUGGUGGUGAGUGGUUCUUUGGCUGCGAGGGCCCGACGCUCUUUGAUGCGUCCGUGUUCUCGUAUACGCAACUGCUGCUCGAUGAGGAGUUUGGGUGGCUGGAUGCUUCGUUGUCGGAGAUUUUGCGGGAGUUCCCUUCUCUUGUGAGGCAUCGCGAGAGGUUGCUGGAGAGGUGCUUCCCUGAUAGCGACGAGGGGGUCCUGGUGUGAUGAAGCAAAGUCAAAGGGGGCUGUAUAGCCAGGACGAAAGGGAAACGGAGUUAGAAUGGAGCUGGGAAGCUAACCAGCUCAUUCAUCGUAUAAGACGAUCGGAAUAGACAUCCGCCUAUAAGUGACGGGAUAAUAUACCAUCAGCAUGGCAUGGCAGGUCACCGAGGUACAAUGGAGAGUUACCCAAAGGCGGCUUGCCAGCAUUUGCGCUUCUCAUCUUACAA